AUGACAGAUGCUUGGUCUGAUAGAAAGAGAAGAAGCAUUAUGAAUUUAUGUGUAAAUUCAAGAAUGGGUACCGUUUUUAUAUCAUCAAAAGAAUGUUCCAAUGAAUCACAUACAAGUCAGUACAUAUAUGAUUAUGUGGAAUCUUGCAUUCAACAAGUUGGUCCUGAUCAUGUUGUUCAAGUUGUGACCGAUAAUGCCACAAAUAACAUGGGAGCUGCAAAGUUACUACAAGAGAAAAGACCAACUAUUUUUUGGACAUCAUGUGCGAAACACACAAUUAACCUUAUGCUCAAAGGUAUCAGUGGACUUCCAAGGUUCAAGAAAGUCUUAGAUCAAGCAAAGAAAUUAACCAUCUUCAUUUAUGCUCACCACAAAACUUUGGCUAUGAUGAGAAACCACACCAAGAAAAGAGAAAUUAUCCGACCGGGAGUCACGAGAUUUGCUUCCGCCUUUCUAACAUUACAAAGUUUAUCCGAAAAGAAGGAGCAACUGAAAAAUAUGUUCUCUAGUAAUGAGUGGGUCGAGGAAUGCAAAUUUUCUGGAACACCUAAAGGAAGAGCCUCAUAUGGAACAGUGACAAGUCUUCAAUUUUGGGCUGGUGUGACACAAUGUUUAAAAGUGUUUUCCCCUUUGGUGAAAGUCCUUCGAAUGGUUGACGCGGAUUGGAAGCCCUCAAUGGGUUUUGUUUAUGGGGAGCUUAAAGUAGCAAAAGAAGAAAUUGUGAAAGCUUUGGGUGGUAACGAGAAAGCUUACAAGCCUAUUAUAGAUAUCAUAAACCACAAGAUGAAAGGUAGGCUAGAUUCAAAAUUACAUUUGACGACUUAUCUUUUGAAUCCUUAUUAUCAUUAUAAGGAUUCCCAACUCCAACAUGAUCCCAACGUAAUGGAUGCGGUUCUUGAAUUUUUUGAUACAUUACUUUGUGGAGAUUUUGAGAUGCAAAGACAAGUUGUGAUGAUAGAUUUGCCAAAAUACAAGGAAAAAGUUGAUAGAUUUGGAGCGGAUCUUGCAAUUAAAGGUUGUCUGCAAGAUGGUGGGGACUUUUUGGUACAUACAAAGAAACGUAAUAGAUUGGAGACAAAUAGAUUGAACAAUCUUGUUUAUGUUCAAUUCAAUGCUAAUCUAAUGGAAAAAAACAAAAAGAGAAAAGAUAGGACUUUGGAAGUGCUUUUAGCAAAUGAUUCUCAUGCAGCUCAAGAAUGGAUGAUAGAUGGAGAUGACGGUGAUGGAGAUGAAGUUGACCCCGAAUCAUUGAUGGAAGCAAUUGAUGAAGCUCUCGGGACUAAUAAUAAUCAAGUACCCCAUAAAAGUUCAACACCGAGAGAGCUUUUUGAUGAAGAUUUUGAAUCUGACAAUGAGGAGCAAAUGUUUGAAGAAGAUGAAUAUGAGUCGGAUGGAGUUAAAAUAGUGGAAGAACUUGAAGAUUAA